AGCAGAGCUAUAGUGAGCCAUCAGAGGGAGGGACCGCCCGUUGCACUACAUGUUCUUCCUCCUCGCCCUGCGAAGGGUCAAAACAAUGGCCCCGUUGCUGGGAUGCACUCUUUUUGCUCUGCUGGCGUUCUGCUUUACGCUUGUUCCAGUGCAGGCAGAAGGAAAUGAGCUGCACAGGCAGAAGAGAGAUUGGAUCCGGUAUCCCAGGCCUAUGAAGGAGAACCAUGACUACACCGGAAUAGAAAUUGCCAGAAUUCGUUCAGAUAAGGAGAACUUCACAAAGAUCAUCUAUUCGAUCAGUGGGCCUGGUGUGGACAAGCCUCCUGCUAACAGAUUCUGGAUUGACCCCUCAACUGGCUCUGUGAGAGUCAAUACCAUUUUGGACCGAGAGGAGAUCGCCUUUUAUGAUUUAAAAGGAAUGGCAAGAUUCUUGGAUGGGACGACUGCUGAGAAGGAUUUAGACCUAAGAAUUGCUGUUCUGGAUGAAAAUGACUGCAUACCUGUAAUUACAGCACACCAAGUCGGAUCUGUCAAUGAAUCCAGCGCAAUCGGCACGAUGGUCAUGAAGGUGAUUGCAACCGAUGCUGAUGACGAGAAUUCGAUCAACUCCAAGAUUGCCUACAGGAUUGUGGAGACGAGCAGCAGUGCCGGCAUGUUUUCCAUCAACUCUGAAAGUGGAGAGGUCUCGGUUCAACGGAACACCCUUGAUAGGGAGACAAAGGAUACAUACAAGGUCAUUAUAAGUGCUUCUGACUUAAAUGGACAACCUGGAGGAAAUACAGGAACCGGAGCAAUUGAAAUCAAAAUCCUGGACAUAAACGACAACAUUCCCACUCUGGAAAAGGAAUCGUAUGAGGGCAGCGUGAUGGAGAACACCAUCAACGUGGAGGUCAUGCGGAUAAAGGCAGUGGACUUGGAUCUGAUUUACACUGACAACUGGCUGGCUGUUUUUGAAAUCAUCUCAGGAAACGAAGGAGGCUAUUUUACCAUCACUACAGACUCCAAGACCAACGAAGGAAUUGUUAUGAUUCAGAGGGCGUUGGACUAUGAGGAAAUUAAGACGCUUAAGUUGGAAGUGGUCGUUUCCAACAAAGCAAAGUAUAAUUUUGGAAGCUCAAAUCCAGGUUCCAUAACUAUAAAAUCUUACCCCGUGAAGAUCAAUGUGGUCAAUCAGAAGGAGGGUCCUCGUUUCCAGCCCACUGUCAAAGUGGUGACUCUGUCCGAGGACCACACAUCCAUCCAUAUAAACAAAGUCAUCACCACCUAUGCCGCCAUUGACAGUGACACACUACAGACUGCGACCAACGUAAGGUACGCUAAAAUCAGUGAUGUUGACAACUGGUUGAUCAUUAACGAGAAAACAGCUGAAAUUCGGCUUAAUAAACUCCCUGAUCGAGAGUCCAAGUUCUUGAUCAAUGGAACAUAUUACGCCAAAAUUAUAUGCAUUAGUAAUGAGCUUCAGUCAAAGACCGCCACGGGGACCAUUGCUAUUCAGGUGGAGGACUAUAACGACCACUGCCCAAAAGUGACAACGACAAGUCACACCAUGUGCUACGGUGAUAAUGUCAUCUACGUCACCGCCAUGGACAAAGACGAAUUCCCUAAUUCAUCACCGUUUGAGUUCAGUGUGAUUUCUGGGAGCAGCAAAGGGAGGUGGACAGUGGAGCAUCUUAAUGGGACGACAGCACUACUGCGAGACCAAGCCUUCCUGUGGCCAGGGUUUUACCAAGUGGCUGUAGAGGUCAAGGACCAGCAGGGAAAGUCAUGUGCUGACAUGCAGAUGCUCGACAUCACCGUGUGCACAUGCCAUGAAAGCACUAAAGUCUGCCUGGACCGUAGCACAAAGCGUUCCAGUUUUAGCGUUGCAGGAAUUCUUCUUUUAUUGCUGGGCUUACUGCUACUACUGUUGGUGCCUCUUCUGCUGAUGUUCUGCCUGUGUGGAGGAGCUGGAGGAGACUUCAAAGCCAUUCCUUUUGAUACCAAACAGCAGCUCAUCUCCUACCACACUGAAGGCCAAGGAGAAGAUAGAGAAGUUCCUCUUCUCCAUACACCAGAUGGCGGAACAGUAACUGUCACCAAAGAUAUCAACACCCAUGAAGGAAAAGGAUACCUUGGGGGACUGGUAGAAUUGGGAGGGGCCGCAGGUGGUGCAGCAGCCCAUAAUAAUUUAUUUGUAACAAGUGAGAAUGUGCACCAGUACAACGAAUACAGCCAAUCUAAUGGACAAACAAGGUUGGGGUACAUAGAAGGGGGGAUGAUGACUGGACAAGAACAGUACAGAGGUGGCCCCUACGAUGGCCUGGCUCUAUCUGAUCACUUCUUGGAGGAAUACUAUUCAAGUAAAGCCAACUAUGCUGCCCAGCAGUCCCAACAAAAGGAUGCCGUGUUGGUCUACGACUACGAGGGCAGGGAGUCUCUGGCAGGUUCCGUGGGCUGCUGCAGCCUCCUGGAGAACGAUAACGACCUCUCAUUCCUUGAUGACCUUGGGCCUAAAUUUAAAACUCUCGCUGAGAUUUGCCAGGGAUCCACUAUGAUGAUGGAGUUUGGAAAAGAUGCGGUCCAUCCACCGCCCGCCAGGCCAGUGUCUCCUAUCAGGCCCUCCACUCACACCCAUGUCCAUACUCACACUGAAAGCAUUAAGGACAGGGAUCACGUUCGUGUUGACGGCAUCAACACAUCCAAUGUAACAUCUGGAAUGUCCACCCUUGUCCAGGAGAGGCAGAUGUCCAGCACAAGCCAGGGGUCAGCCACACUCUCUCGGGUCCAAGUCCAGGACAACAUUGUGAUUCCCAAUCAAGCCCUUGUGAUGCAACAGCCUGCAUUGUACUACGCUGCCACGCCCAUGUAUGUUGUGGAGCCCAAGCCACAAAUGGUACUUGUUGCAGGACAGCAGGGAGCAGGGCAAGCGGGUCAGGUUGGACUGACACAAGGUCUGGUUCAAGUUGGCGGCCUGCAAGGGUCUCAAAGUGUGAUGCUGGUCGAUGGGCAAGUUGGGCAGGUGGCACAAGGAACCUUACCCAGACAAGUCCUGCUGGUAGAAAGCGGGUCUUCAGGUGGAGGUGCACAGGUGGCCUUUGUCCAGACAGGUCAGGGAUCGAGUCAGGAAGGGUUGGAGGUCAGGGGUCAAAGUGUGCAGGCCAAGAGUUUUUCACUGGCUUCUCAGGAUUCCAAAGGGUCAAAGGAGGACUUUGUGCUGAAAGCCACACCCAAGUCCCAAAGCAGCCAGAGAGUUGUUGUUCAACGGAAGAAGGUCUCAGUCACAGAGAGGAAUAUAGAAUCUAGUUCGAGAGCUUAAAUAUAUAUAUAGAUAGAUAUACGUAUAUACCGUAUUUUCCGGACUAUAAGUCACACUUUUUUUCAUAGGUUGGCUGUUCCUGCGACUUAUACUCCAGAGCGACUUAUAAAUGAAAAAACUGUUAAUGUUACAUAAACACUGGACACCUUUUCUGUUCAUGUUUAUUUUUCGUGUAGCUGAAUAACAAUUGUGUUAGCAUAUCUUAUAUUCAGCCUGUUCUCUAUACAUUUAUUGUUAGGAAUUGCCUUCCAAGAGGACGUAAUGUCUGUUUUGGUCAAGUAGUUUAUAAAAUAAAUUACCCACAAAAAAUGUGACUUAUACCCCAGUGCAACUUUUGUAUGUUUUUUUCUACCUAAUUAUACAUUUUUGGCCUUGUGCGACUUAUACUCCGGAGCGACUUUUAGUCCAGAAAAUACGGUAUAUAGUAUAUAAAUUUUAUAGUAUUACUCUUUUUCCAAGCAAGGAGAUAAUUAUACAAAGAAGAAUCCUUUCCUGUCCUAAAAAGGCAUAUACAUGUACACACUUUUACAUUUAUGUGGCAUGGACAUGUCGUCCUUAUGUUUGCCUCUCAACACUACCACCUAAUGGUUUCCCAUUUUCCAUUUUGGUGGUUGUGGGGGCCACAUCCUGAUCACCAAGCCAAGUUCUUAAAGCUGGUUAGGAUAGGCAUUGCAUCUAUUGUCUUCUUGCAUUAAACAUGCUUAAAAUGAGAUAUCUAAAUACACUAAGUACACUUUUCUUAAACAAUUUACCAUAAAGAUAUGGUCAAAUUAAUUGUGUUUUUUUUCAUUUAUGUUUUAUAGAAUCACAUUACAAAAGUGAAGAAAGGACUUAAUUCACAGUCACAGUUUGGCACACAGUGAAAAGUCCUGAAUUAAAAUUUUACGAAAAGCCAAAAAAAAUCACUUCUGAAGUUUGGGACUUGAAAGUGGAUUUAAACAGGUGGAUAUUAGUCUAUGUCACAUACAAUUGGCAUAUAAUGUACAUAAACUAAUGUUAAAAUGUGGUAUUGACACGAACAUAAGGCAGCUCUUCUUUUCACAACGGUGUGUGUGAGUGACAGGGAGAAAAGCUCUGUUUGACACCUGUUGGUUUGCAUAUAUAAAUGUGUAUGUAGACCUACAAACACAGUCCAAAGGAAAGUCAUGUUUUUGUCUUAUAUUUGUGUCAAUACAGUAUAUAGAAAACAUGAAUGUGCUAAAUAAUAAUCAUGUUUAUAUUGGAUGCUGGUGUAUGGACAACAUCAUCAAUGUUUUUACUGUUUUUAAUGCGCUUACUAAAAAUACUGGAAUUAGACCUGGGGGUCAAAGCUUCAGCUUUGCAAUGUCUACUUAGUUUAGUUUAGUUUUAGACCAAAGUUGAUGUUUAUUGUGAUAUUGUGUUAAAUGAGCAGUUUGUCUUUUGAAAUAUUUGAACUUUUGUCAUGCCACGAACAGCUGACCUUGGAAGUUUUGAGGUUUAGUCAUAGUGCAACUAAUCAGGAAGUGCUGCUGCUUCCUGUGAAAGCUACUGUAUUAACAAAAACAAAAGCACUUUUUUAACCCUGUAAGACCUGCCAUUUUCUGACGUGGUCGUUGUAGUUGUCAGAAGUGCUGUACAAGAGUUGUGUGUUGUUUUCUUUUUUUUUUUUUUUUGCUUUUGAUACACUGAUAUUUCACAUUUAAAAGUUCUAACAUUGUGAAUGUACAUCGCAUCUCUUGCAUUAUUUUUGCUGCCGUAAUAAAAUGAAGUGGACAGCAAGCUGUAGUCUU